AUGGAUGUUAAGAAAAGAAUAAUGCACGAAGAGAAGUGGCCUAAAGACUUUCUACCAGUUAGUGAAGUUGGGCGAUUACGCAUAUUCUCUGGAGGUAAAGAGUUGGAAGAUAAUAAGACCUUAUCCGAGAGCAAGAUAAUGGUUAAUCCAUCUGUACCUACACCUAUACAUGUUAGUGCUGUACCAAAGUCUGUACAAGCAGGAAAGCAUUACCAUAAGAAGUACCUCAUGGGACAUGAUCGUGAUGAUUAUGAAUAUGAGAUCAUCUUGGGACAUUCAUCAAAGAUAUUCGUACUACACGAUGCUGUCACCCUUUAUCACGUUGCAAUGUUCUUAUUGUAUCCUUUCAUUAUGAGGAGGGUAUAG